CUACCUACCUACCUACCUACCUACCUACCUUCGUAUGUUAUGCAAUAAAUGCUCUUGCUCGUCAGCUGCUGUCUUGUCUUUCCCCUUGACUCAAGAUGGCAUAUCCCCGGCCUUUCAUUCGAUGACGCCUGCCCCUGUUCCAGCCCAAAUUCAGCUCGUGACACAACCCCGGACCAAUUUCCGCGCUGCGCUGCACCACACCACUGCCGGAGGUACGAGUGCAUCACAUCCCCCAUCACCGCUAUUUCGGUACUAUUUCUUUGGUGUAUUUUGAUGGCGUGGCUGCUGCUGAACAACCAUAAUAACGUACACUACACUACAUUACACUACAACCCCCGACGCUCAUUUAAACAGUGCCGACCGUCCCGAAUUGUCUUCUCUCGUGUCGCAAACAGACUUCCUUCAGUUCCUUGGACCGAUCAUCCCCAGGACGAGCACGCUUCAUGGCGCGCCAGACAGACGAGAGAUGGUGUUGCUAGAAUACCUUCAGAAGACCACUCCGCUCUGCUACAAUAAUGCACCUCCUCAGAAACAACUUCCGACCUCUGUUCCCGUGAGGGGAUAUCUAUGCAAUGAAGAUUCCGGACUUCCGAGACGCAGGAGUCUCUCCGGCGCCAGGUGGGGGAUCCUGGGUCCUGCGGCGAGAGUAUUGAAGGGUGGUGUGGAUCUGGUCAACAAUACGGUUCUGGGACUUCGAGACGGCUUGACGGAAGAGCAGAGACUGGCCAAGGCGAAGAAGGACGAGAGAAGGCAGAUUCUGGCUCUGCGGAUGAAGAAUGCGGAAACUAUGGAUCAGUGGCAGGCGGCCGCCAAGGAGUUAGAUAUCCUCGACGACAAUGAAGCCUGGAAGGCAGAUGCUGCGUCACCCGAAUUCGACGCAGAAUUAAUUGAGACUCGAUUGAAGGAGUUGGACGAGGCAAGGAUUAGUUGCGACGUAAAGGUCAUGCUUCAUCUGGUGCGAACGGCGCUGGCGAGAGAUUUGGGUGGCAUGGGGAAUAUCAGACUCUACAAGCAUUCGCAUAUUGGCACGAAGGAUCUCAUCGAACGGUAUAUCGAUUCCACGCUUGACACAAUUCGCUCUCUGGUGGAUAAGAGCAAGAUCAGUCUACCCGAUGGCCUGGAGACGAAGGACAUUCUUGAACAGGUGGUUUAUGCUAGGCAGGCGUUUGGAAGAAGUGCUCUGCUACUAAGUGGCGGCGCCACAUUUGGUAUGAACCAUGUAGGGGUUCUGAAAGCACUGUUUGAAGCCAAGCUCUUGCCACGGAUCAUUUCUGGGGCUUCUGCAGGCAGUAUUGUGUGUGCCGUCCUCUGUACUCGAAUCGACGAGGAGAUUCCGGACGUACUAAAGGCCUUCCCUCAUGGAGAUCUGGCAGUGUUCGAGGAGAACGGAAACGAAGAUGGGAUAUUGGAGCGAGUGAGAAGGCUGCUGACGCAAGGGGCUUGGAUUGAUAUCAAACACUUGACAAGAGUGAUGCAGGAAUUGCUGGGCGACAUGACUUUCCAGGAAGCAUACAACCGCACCCGGAGGAUUCUCAAUAUCUGUGUUUCGUCAGCUUCUGUCUACGAACUCCCACGGCUUCUCAACUAUAUCACCUCCCCCAACGUCAUGAUCUGGUCGGCUGUUGCAGCGUCUUGCUCUGUACCUGUGCUUUUCUCGGCAGCUCAGCUACUGGUCAAGAAUCCUAUUACAGGCGAGAAUAGUCCUUGGAACCCUACACCACAGAAAUGGAUCGAUGGGAGUGUUGAUAACGACCUCCCUAUGACACGUCUGGCCGAGAUGUUCAAUGUCAAUCAUUUCAUUGUAUCUCAGGUCAACCCUCACGUGGUGCCAUUCCUUGUCAAGGACGAAAUCUCAAUUACCAAGAACGCCAAUUCCGAGGGUAGUUCCGGACCUGGCUUGGUUUACACAUUGACAAACUUGGCAAAGGAUGAAGCUCUGCAUCGAAUGCAGGUCCUUGCCGAGCUGGGCAUAUUCCCCAACUUGGUCACCAAGGCCCGAUCUGUGUUAAGCCAGAAGUAUUCUGGAGAUAUCACGAUCCUGCCAGAAAUUGAGUACAAGGACUUUCCCAGGAUGCUGAAGAACCCGACGGCAGAUUUCAUGGUCCAGGCUUGUCUGUGUGGUGAAAGGGCGACCUGGCCAAAGCUCAGCAGAAUACGAAACCAUUGUGCCGUUGAAUUGGAACUCGAUGCUGCAGUACAGAGGCUCAGAGCAAGGGUCGUAUUCAGUCCCAGUCAGGUCGACUUGAGAAGAAUGACAACUGGAAGUUUCAGCAGCCCGGUGAAAAGGUUCGGCCGAAAGAGACGAGAUAGUGGCGGCAGUGUCCAGGCUUUGGUACCAGCAAAUGACGACCCGGAAGAUGAGAUAAACAGGAACAAGAAGGGCAUGUCAAGACCUCCAUUACGGACGUCAAGCACCCACUGGAAUGUCACGAGACGGUACCUGCCGCCUCUCGCAACUGCUACUCCUCGCACAGCUCAUGGAUCGCCGAUACCCACGCCUGGUCUAUCACAACCUGUAAACAAGAAAUUAGAGCUCAGCAUUCCUUUCCCGGAUAUCUCCUCGGCGGGAGAGACUUCCCAUUCUCCGCCAUCUUCAGAUGCGGACAUUGACUCGCACACAGAUGAUAGCAGUCCAGAGCCAGAUAUCACAGACGAGGCCACGCCAAGUCUAGGUCUCUACUUUGCUACACAAAAUCGCAGCGCCUCUGACGCUCUAGAUUUCUUCUCGUCCAGUCAACCUAUCACUGCUAAGACGGACCACGUACUCGCAACAUCGCCACUAUCAUCCCGAGCGAAUCUUGCAAUCUCUCCCUUGGCUAUGACGAAGAAGGCCCCUGAGACUAAGACUAUAGGUCAGCCGAGCAGCCCGGAACUGAGAUACAAGAGGCUUUUCCACCCAGCACAAAAACAAGACCAGCCGAAUGUCCCGCAGUAGAAUCGGCAUUCAACCACACGGUGCACAAUAUAACGUACAUGCACACGCUCACAUCAUGUUUUCCUUUGUCAGAUACAAUCGUUGUAAUUUAUCGAAUAGCUGCAUAGGGAGGGUGAGGGAUAUGGAUUGGGAGCAAGCGGGAGUUUAUUUAUGUUUUUCUGUUGCCGAGAAUUAUAUAGACACGAGAAGAGAUAGUGAUUUUGGCAUCCUGUAUUGGCGUUAGGCAUGGCAUGGGAUGAAGCAUGAGACACGGUUCGGUUCCGGAAUUCGCGGAUAUGCUUUUUGUACCCAUUGUAGAAAAGACAGACAAUGAAGUUCUAUUGCUCAGGCUACCUC